GCUUGCUAGCUGGCUUAGCUGCAAAAAAGUCAAGAAACGGUAAAUUUAGAAGAAAACUAAGCAAGCCCCAGACCAUGAUUUACUACCAAAAUGUUCUGGCUCAUCAAUGGAACAGAUUAUACCGAAGCAACGCCUGUGAAUAUCCUCUACAAUCAUGAAGAAGAGUGGUAAUCACCUCCUUAAGCUGAAUUUUGUUCAGCUUUUUCUAUGCUUUCUUUGUUUCGGCAAUGCUAAUGAUCUUAAUAUCGGUUGCUCUGAUAUUGAGAAGAAAGCUCUCCUUGAUUUCAAAGAAAGUCUCACAGAUCCCUUUGGAAGGCUUUCCUCAUGGGUUGGUGAAGACUGCUGCCAAUGGCAUGGAGUAAGUUGCAAAAGUGAAACAGGACAAGUAACGAAGCUUAAUCUUCGGAACUCGUUGCAGACUAACAAAGCAGCUCAGAAGAAGUCAGCCUUAAGGGGUAAGAUCAAUUCCUCCCUGCUUAACUUGAAGAAUUUAAGAUACUUAGACCUCAGUAUGAACAACUUUGAAGGCAGCCCUAUCCCACAGCUCAUAGGUUCCUUGAGAACUCUGAGCUAUUUAAAUCUUUCUUAUGCUCAAUUAGGUGGGAGUAUUCCUCCCCACCUUGGAAACUUAUCGAAUUUGCAAUAUCUUGAUCUUCAUUCAUACUCAGAUUCAAGUUCCAAAUUAAUUGCCACUGACCUUCUAUGGUUAAGGGGUCUUCCUUCCUUGGAAUAUUUGGAUAUGGGAGGGGUUGAUCUCAGUGCUGUGACUGAUUGGUUGCAACAAGUUAACAUGCUUCCUUCUUUGUCAGAGUUAUACUUGUCUAGCUGCAAACUCCUCACCUUUCCUUUUUUCCUCCCAUUUGUUAACUUUACAUCACUGGUAGCAGUUGAUAUGUCCAACAAUUUGUUUAAUUCUCCAAUGCCUGGGUGGAUCUUCAAUAUCACUGGCCUUAAAAGCAUUUUUCUUAGCUCUAACAAUCUCAUUGGUACCAUCCCUAGAGCUUUUGCCAAUAUGCAUUCUCUUCAACACCUUGAUUUGUCCCAUCAAUUUUUGGAAGGUACAGUACCAGGAAUUUUAGGUAAUCUCUCAAACUUAAAAUCGCUGACAUUGGCAUUUAACAACCUCAGCGGGAAUCUGAUUGAAUUCACAGAUGGUUUGUCAAAAAAUAACAGCUUGGAAGUUUUAGAUUUGACACAGAACAGGUUUAGUGGUCAUUUGCCUGAUGCACUAGGAAACCUUACAAACUUGAGAUCUCUCGUCCUUAGGGAGAAUAUGUUCUGGGGUUCAAUUCCUGAGUCUAUCAGACUUUUCUCAUCUUUACAACAUUUAAGCCUAUUUGGCAAUCCAAUGAAUGGCAGUAUUCCAGAGAGUAUUGGGCAACUUUCACAGUUAGUUGUUUUGGAUUUCGGACAAACUGCUUGGAGGGGAACUAUAUCAGAGCAACAUUUCUCAAAUCUCACAAAGUUAGAAAAGUUGGAAAUAUCUUCAACAUCCCGGAAGAAGGCCUUGACUUUUAGUUGGGGCAGCCAGUGGACUCCUCCGUUUAACCUCAAGUCCAUCAUAAUUGCGCACAACAAAGUAGGUCCUUCAUUUCCAGAAUGGAUUAAAACCCAGAGUAAUCUAGCCACUCUGUUUCUUAAUGAUGUUGAGAUAUCAGGCAAACUCCCAGAUUGGUUUUGGAGUUGGUGUUCACAGCGCAUUGAUGACUUGGAUCUUGCAAACAACAACAUAAGUGGCACAUUACCAAGAUCAUUACAGUUUCAUUAUGAAACAAAUGUGUAUUUGAUUUCUAAUCAUUUAGAGGGUCCAAUCCCAUUAUGGUCUAAUGUGCGCCGCCUGUAUCUUUGGAGUAACUCCUUCUCUGGUCCAAUUCCUGACAAUAUCAGUGAAACUAUGCCAAUGCUUAGGGAUUUAGAUCUCUCUCGUAACUUUCUCACUGGUGGCAUUCCCUCUUCCAUUGUUAAACUAAAGGAUUUGAUAUCCCUUGUUCUUUCUGACAAUAACUUAUCUGGAGAACUCCCUCAGGAUUGGAGUCAGGUGCAACGUUUGCAAGUUCUAGAUCUAGCAAAUAAUAGUCUCUCAGGUGAAAUUCCAGGCUCAAUGGGUGCUCUUCAUUCACUUCGUUUGCUAAUCUUAAGCAGCAACAGUUUUGUGGGAGAAAUUCCUUUCUCUUUGCAAAACUGUAGAGGACUGUGGAGCUUUGAUCUUGGGAAAAACAAAUUUUCAGGAAAGGUACCAACAUGGAUAGGAGACAGUACCCCAUUACUCAUGAUUCUCAGCCUUCGAUCAAACUUAUUUACGGGUAAUAUUCCUAGACACCUAUGCCAUCUUAGAAGUCUGCAUGUGAUGGACCUCGCAGACAACAAUUUAUCUGGGGUCAUCCCUACAUGUCUUGGAAAUUUGACUGGCAUGGCCUCAGAAGUUCUAUUUGAAGAUGCAAAGCGAUAUGAAGGGAAUGUGAUGAUUGUGGCCAAGGGAAGGGAAAUUGAAUACAGUAGCACACUCCCACUGGUGAAGAUCAUAGAUCUUUCAGCAAACAAUCUAACUGGUAAGGUUCCUGAGGAGAUUAUCAAGCUGCACAGAUUGGGUACAUUAAACUUGUCAAACAAUCAUUUAACUGGGAGCAUUCCAUCUAAUAUUGGAAAUCUCUACUUGCUCGAAACACUUGAUUUCUCAAGAAACCAACUCUCCGGUUCAAUUCCGCCGAGCUUGUCCUCAAUAUCAUCCUUAAACCACUUAAACCUAUCUUACAACGACUUAGUGGGGAAAAUUCCAUCAGGGAACCAGCUGCAAACCUUGAACGAUCCAUCCAUUUAUAAGGGCAAUCCAGGACUCUGUGGAGUCCCACUAACAAAUAAAUGUGAGGAUGGCAGAAUGUCAAGUGAUCCUCAUGGUGAUGGAGAUGACACUGGUGAAAACAACGUGAUAGAAAUGAAAUGGUUCUACAUUGGAAUACUGGUGGGAUUUCUUCUGGGAUUUUGGGGAGUGUGUGGAACAUUGUUGUUGAAGAAGUCCUGGAGGCUUGCAUAUUUUCAAUUCAUUGAUGAGGGGAAAGAGAAGGCAUCCAUGUUCAUUGCAGUCAGCUUGGCUCGUUGGCAGAGAAAAUUGGACUCUAGCAGAAGCAGAAUGUAACAUCCCAUCCCCAUAUGUUUAUUUAAUGAAAUAUUUUGAUCAAUUAAGGUGAAUUAUGGAUGCGGUAAUAUGAGAAAA